GGUAGCUUCGGGACGGAAAUUCGAUCAGAACAGCAACAUAUGACAUACUAUCAAUCAAACUGUUCCAGUAUAGAUGUAAAAUGGUCGGCAUUGAACAAAGUCCGUGAGGAAGGAAUAUGUUCUCGCAUAAUGUAGAUGAAUAAGCGCAUACACAAUGAUAUGGGCGUGUUUACGCAUAAAUUAGUGAAAUGAGCGCGUGCCAUAGAACGAAAGUAGUAUAAUUUGGUAAUUAAGCAUGGUAAGAAUAGACUUCAACCUUAAGUUUAUACAGGAGCGGUCAGCAACUUUACAAAUGAAGGUCGCGUUUGCCUUUAAGAAUAAAGAUGCCACAAUUUGUCUUACUAUGUAAGAAGGUACAGUAAAACAGGACAGUGCUGAUGGCACUUAUAAUUAUAUAUAACUGUUAUUUUAAAGGUUUCGACUGUAUCUUAUUUAACAAAGAGUGACUAGGGAAAAGAAUGUAGACUUGGUUCAGUUCAUGACGGGAAAGAGAAAAUAAUUUGCUCAUUGCAAUUCGGGAAAAUCUAUUCAUGUUCAUACUAUUUGCGCAUUAGUUAAUUUUGAAUUGCCAGUGACUUUCAAAUUUUAAUUUGCAGUUUGAACUGAUGUUAAUUAUGCGAUAUAUUGUAUAAGAUCAAGCAUGGAUCGUGUAAAUAAAGAAAAUAAUUCGGAUGACUGUCACUGUGCAGAUCUAAGCAUUGAUAUGAGUACAAUAAAAACUGGCACAACAAAUGAAAGUGAAAGAAUAAAAGGAGACGACACUACAAACCCUCUAGCAGACGACACCGAACACUUUUCAGCAGACGGUACUGAAAACCCUGCCGCAGACGACAUUGAAACUGAAGAGUUUGUUGACAACCCGUUGCUAUACAACGUAAAUGAAGUUCCGCCGGUAGCAAUACUGUUUUCCGUAGCUAUGCAGAAUAUUUUGUUAGGGUUGGGCGGGGCUUUGACAACUGCUUACGUCAUUUCCGACGUCAUUUGUGCCGCACCUGAUCAUCCAAUCAGAGCAAAGCUGUUCUGUACAUCAUUGUUCAUGACAGGGAUAUGUACGACACUUCAACCCUUGAUUGGAAUACGAUUGUCCAUUUUUCAAGGGGUGUGUUCCACCUUUCUGAUUCCAUUAAUGGCAAUGAGAAGCGACAGUCGAUGGCAAUGCGACAACUUGUUCAGAAAGGGGGCCGGUGUUGCAUCUUACAAUAUGUCGGGUAGUGGAAACAGUUCUUUGUUAGAAUCCUCAGCAGACGAUGAGAUGUACUUCAAACUUCGGGAGAUGAUGGGAUGCCUUAUCUAUGCAUCUUUAUUUGAAGUGUUUGUCGGGUUUACAGGAAUUGUCGGCAUAUUACUUAGGUUUAUCGGACCUUUAACAAUAUCGGUUGUCAUAUCUUUAAUUGGGUUGUCUUUGUAUAAAAUACCAAUGAUAUAUAUUCGAACCCACUGGGGCUUGUCAUCAGUAUGCAUAAUUCUAAUAAUUUUGUUUAUGCUAUACUUUGGUCGUGUAGCUAUUCCAUGUCCACCGUUUUGUGCGUCAAAGAAAAGUAAAGGAAAUAAAGUGUCAAUAUUUCAGAUGUUUCCGAUAUUGCUGGGCAUUUUGAUCACAUGGUUGUUAUGCGGGAUUCUUACCGCCUCCGGUGUGUUUCCGGACGACCCGGACCGUCUCUCUUACCGGGCUCGAACUGACGUCAGAAAUGAGAUUAUAUUUGCAUCACCAUGGUUCUAUGUACCAUAUCCGGGUCAGUUUGGGUCACCUUUGUUCAACUCGACCAUAUUUGUUGGUUUCCUGUCUGCUGUAAUUUCAUCAAUCAUGGAAUCUAUUGGUGAUUAUUACGCCACGGCAUAUGUAUCAAGAUCACCGCCACCUCCAACUCACGCCAUUAACCGUGCCAUUCUCCUCGAGGGUUUGGGAAGCCUAAUUUCGGGAACUUUAGGGGCGGGUCAUGCAACAACGUCAUCAACCUCACAUGUUUCAUUAAUUGGUAUUAGUAAGGUCGCUAGUAGAUCAUGUAUGAUCACGACAGGGAUAUUGUGCCUAGCUUUGUCUUUAAUCAGCAAAUUUGGGGCGGUGCUUUCCACUAUGCCCGAUCCUGCUAUAGGUGGCGCCAUGUUUGUUACAUUCGGAAUACUCGGGGCUAUAGGAAUAUUCUCAUUGCGAUCUGUCGAUUUGACGUCAUCCCGAAAUUUAGCGGUGUUCGGAUUAUCUCUAUACACAGGGAUUGUUAUUCCGGAAUGGGUAGAACGGUACCCGGAGGCUAUAAAUACGGGUAACAGCACAUCUGAUGGUAUUGUUAAAGGUAUGCUAGGGACACCAAUGUUUUUAGGAGGGCUUGCAGCAGCCAUAUUAGACAAUACCAUAAGAGGAACUAAGGAGGAGAGGGGUUUCCGCAGCCGACAUCAUGAUGUAGGAGAUAAGUUUUACACAAUAUCGGCAGACGACAAUUAUAAUCUUCCAUAUAUAGCCACAGCUAUAAAAGCAUUUCCUUUCUUCCAAAAACUACCAUUUAUUCAAAAAUAUGAAUGAUUCGAAUAUGUACAUGUACUCCUUUAGAAUUUAUCUUUUUAGUCAGAAUAAAUCAUAUGAAAAAAACUUUGUGUAAUUUUAUUAGACUUCAACUUUCGUCUGGGAUGACGU